GAUAGCUGGUUCUCCGGCUACUAUAAAUACUGGAAGCUGCCUUAAUGCAACCAGUUGCUACUGCGCUUUGGAACUGAUCACAAUGAAGUCGUUUGGAUUAAUAGCAUUAGCUGUUUGCGGUGUUCUCUGUGCUGUUGCGGAAGCGCAACAAACCUACGAUGGUCGCAAUGGCCCUCAUGUUUUUGGACCCCCUGGCAAUCAGGUCUACAUAAGGGGACAAAAUGAAGGCCCCUAUACGGUUCCUGGAGUGGGUGGCCAGUUCCAGAAUUCUCCGCAAAGGGGAGAGCAUGUGUACACCGAUGAGCAGGGAAACACUUAUGUGAACCGAAAGGGCCGUCCAGGAUCCCACACGAUUAGUGGACCAGGUCUUACAGCCCAGAACUUGGGUCCUGGACCGCAGAACUUGGGUUCUGCUCCGCAGACUGGUCCCUAUGGCGCUGGUCCCGUUCCACCCCGUCACCGCCGCUCUCCGCAAUUCAAUGUGGAGCGACCGGGUCGCACUGUUGUCGUCCAGCGUGCUCGCCGCAGUCCCCAGUUUGUGGCUUCUCGUCCAGAUCGCACAGUGAUUGUUGGAAACGGUGGAAUAUACGCCCAACGCAAUCGCCGCAGUCCCCAGUUCCACGUCGAGCGUCCCGAUCGCACCGUAGACUUCGGAAAUGGAGGUUUCAACAUCCAACGCAGUCGCCGCAGUCCCCAGUUCCAUGUUGAGCGUCCCGAUCGCACUGUGGAUUUCGGCAACGGAGGCUUUAACAUCCAACGCAGCCGCCGUGGAAUCAACGAUGGCCGCGUCCAGGGAGAGAACUUCGUGGCCCGUGACAACCAGGCUGGUGUUUGGGACGACAGUGUCUCCGUUUGGAAGCGCCCGGAUGGACGCACAGUUACUCUCGAUGCCAAUGGAAAUGCCAUUGUUUCUGGUCGUGGACGUACUCAGCAUUACUCCUAAAAUGUUGCCAAAACACAAAACACCGAGACUCUGUAAUGUAAAUAAUUUGAGACUAUGUAUAUAGAUACUUAAAUCACAUAUUUGAAUAAAGAAACUUCCAAAAAACUA